AUGGUUUCGACUGAAGAGAUACUAAAAUUUGAUUCCAUUGCAGUUCCAAUUCCUCAAAGGUUAAAUUUAUUAAUUUUACUAGCUGUUUGGGUAUGGCAAUGGAUAUUGCAUGUAAUCUCUUCCAAAUUGAUGGAUAUAUCCCAUCUAGUGAUUACUAGGAAGCCUGGUGAUAUUAGAGUAUCAUAUUCUCACGGACAAGUAUAUAAAGCUUCUCGCCAAUUAGCUGUUAGAAUGUUAAUGAUAAUAUUCCCACUUCAUGUAGCUACAAUGACAUUCUGGUACAUUAAGGAAAAUAGUGAUGGAAGUAGCCAAUUAUCUAACGGUUUUAUGUGGAUUGGAGAUAUGCUUCCAUUGAUUCAAUUUGUUAUUAUAAUUUCAAUGAUAUUAAAGAAUUCGCCGGUCGUUUUCUAUUGUUGUAAAAGAUUAUUAUUAAUUGAAUCUCAACCACGUCCAUUGAGAACCACUUAUAUUUUGAUUUCUGAUACUCUGACUUCUUUCUCAAAACCAUUGAUUGAUUUCACACUAUAUUUGUCCAUUUUGGCCUUUGGAGAGCUAAAAUUCAGCCAUAUAGAUUUAUUAGUUGCAUUAUUCCCUGUAUUCAUUAGAAUGUUUCAAUGUUUAAGAGAAUUUAGAGCAAAUCCAAAGGAUAAGAUGCUAUUUUACAAUAUGCUAAAAUAUGCAUCUAGUUUACCAAUUUUAGUUUGCAUGUGGUUAUUAAGAUCCUAUCCACACUCCAGUCAUUAUCAUACUAAAUUCCAGAAAUUCUUCAUGUUGAUACAAUCAUGUUACACUUUCUAUUGGGAUUUAUUUAAUGAUUGGUCCUUAAACUCUAUUAAAAACAUAAGGGUUGGGAAAUCUGUUACAUUCCCAAAAGAAUAUUAUCGUGUUUCUGUUUUAUUCGAUUUUAUUGUUAGAUUUUGGUGGGUUUGGAUUAGUCUAGGUCAUUACUUAGGUUUCAAUUUUACAACCGCCAUGCUUUUUGAUGGUGAAAUUCAAUAUCUAGAGAUAAUUAGAAGAGGUAUUUGGGUCAUCUUUAGAUUAGAAAGUGACUACAUCUCCAUAAACGCCGAAAAAUAG